AGAAAUGAUGGAAAAGAGUGCUCGAGGGAAAAGAGACGUAUGGCUUGUCACGUUACUUCCGUCUGCUGUACAGACGUCUACCAUUACCAUACCCGAUGUUAAUUAUAUCAAUUUAAUCUGUUGUGAAACAUCAGACAGAUUCUGGGUGAGUGGCGAAUCUAAACUUCUAAAGGUGGAUUCCAGAGGAAAUGUUCUAAUACGUCUUGUUGUUGGAUUAAGUGGAAUGUCCACUAACACAGAUGGAGAGCUUAUGUUUACAACGGGAAAUAGUGUUGAAAAAAUAGAGUCAAAUGGAAUCAUUACCACACUUUUCUCAACAAACGAUAUUAUAAAGUGUAUCUACUCCUCUUGCAUCAACGGCGACAUAUUGUUAGGGUUAAAUAAUACUGCAUUGGAUACCAGUAAAGUGACUAGGUAUGACGUGACGGGACAGAAGAUCCUGGAUAUUGAAGACCAAGGAGUGAAGCUGUAUAAUUACCCUAGCUACAUAACAGAGAACAUAAACGGGGAUAUCUGGACAUCUGAUACAGUUAAAGUGGUGGUGGUAAAUAAAUCAGGAAAACAUCGGUUUAACUACAGAGGUCAUCAGUCUCAUUACUUUAAUCCCAAAGGUAUCUGUACUGAUAUACUGGGACACGUACUGGUGUGUAAUAGUUCUUUAUUCCGUCCGAGCGUUCAUCUCCUGGAUCAGGACGGUCAGUUCCUAUCUCUGCUGCUGACUAAAGAACAUAAUAUACAUGAUCCCAGAAGUGUGUGCGUGGACGACAAGCACAACUUGUAUUUGGGACAGUAUGGCAGAAACAAAAUUAGAGUGUACAAAUAUAUUCAGGUCUCAGAUAAAUAG